AUGCAAAAGAACAAAAAAAUAAUAAUCACUAGUGAAAUCAAUGUAAUAAUUGUAUUUCUUUUACAGUUUAUAUCAGAUGUUUCUGCUAUCAAAUGUCGUGUUUGUUUACCAUGUGAAGACAAAUACAAAAAAUUAUUCCAAAUUACAAAAGACGAAAUUUUAGAUAACUGUGGAGUUUGUAUUACAGCCUACUCAACUUUCCAAGGUUAUCAAAUGGAAGGUCGGGGUUGUUUACUUAAAUGUCCACCUAAAGAUGCUAUCAAUGAGCUUAAUCCAGGACUUGUUAACAAGUAUAACUGUUGUUAUUAUGAUUUAUGCAAUAGAACAAACAAACUAUUUGUACAGUACAAAUUAAUUAUUCUGAUUUCAUGUUUACUCAAUUCAUUAUUUAUUGUUGUGAAUAAAUUUAGUGUUUUUUAAAUGUAAAUACAUGUCAACAUUUCACCAAGACAUAUUCUUAUCAUAUAUUUACUAGUGUUGUUUAGUGCGAUUACCAAAUUUUGUGACUUAGCCCGGUUAAAUAUCACGUGAUUUAUUCGUCAACCAGAGUAUGAUUUAUAAAAUCUUAGCACUGUGCAAAACCAAUGAUGUGUCGACCGGUGUGAGCAGUCUAGCG